UUGCUUCCAGAACGAGCUAGCAAGGAAACAUUCCACCAGUUGUCUUUGAAUUGCAUCGCCUUUCCAUGGCCAUGGCCGGCUCAGCAUCAUUGGUGUUGCAGUUGAGACGAUAAUUGUGCUGCGCCGAUGCUAAACAAGCUGAAUCGUGUUUGGUGGCGUCGAAGAAAGUGCUGCUGAUUCUCCGGCUGUGUUGCCCCUCUAGUCCCCACCUUUUUGGGGCAUUGCUAAUUUCAAAUUGCAGCAUUUCUGCGGUGAUUUUUAGGUGAGAUUAGAGAAGUCCUUGUUCUGCAGCCUUGAGAUGGGGUCAGCAAACGUUGCGGACCUUGACAAGGUAUGGGAGAUCAAGGUGUUGAAGAAAGAGAGAGCGGAGGAGGCUCGCAAGAUGCUCGAAGCGGUGGCCAAGCAGGUGCAGCCAAUCAUGAGGAAAAGGAAGUGGAAAGUUAGAAUGCUUUCAGAGUUCAGUCCCACCAACCCCGCCCUCCUGGGGCUGAACGUCAACCGCGGCCAGGAAGUGAAGAUCCGGCUGCGUCCCCACAAGCGCGACUCCGAGUUCUACCCUUGGGAACACGUGUUGGGAACCAUGUUGCAUGAACUCACGCAUAACGAGGUCGGCCCUCACAACGCAAACUUCUACAAGUUGCUGGAUGAGAUUACGAAGGAGUGCGAGGAUCUGAUGGCCAAGGGGAUAUCGGGGUCGGGACAAGGGUUCGAUGCGCGGGGGGUGCGGCUGGGAGGCGUGACGCACAACCCGCCACCGACGAACCUGCGCUCGGUUGCGGCGAGGGCAGCGGAGAAGCGGCUCAAGGCGACGCAGGUGAUGCCAAGCGGACCCCGCAAGCUGGGCGGCGACCGUGGCCUGAUGCGCGACCUUCCUCCGGGCGUAGCUGCCGCAAUGGCCGCCGAGCGCCGCGCCGCUGACGACAAGUGGUGCGCAGGAGCUGCCACCGCGCAGAACGAGUCGGACGAGGCAGGGGUCCGGGCGACGCAAGAGGCGGAGCGGGGAGGAGGGAGUGCUGGCGAGACGAGUGGCUCGGGCGGGGGCGAUGCUCAGCAAAGAAGAGGGGUGAUGUCUGCAGUGAACGGCAAUGUGAAUGGUGCUAGUGGGGCGAGUACGAGCGGGUCGGGAAGGGUGGGACUGGGCGGUUUGGAACGGGGGAAUGGUUUGGGCGGGGCUCGACAAGCAUCACGACCAGGGGAGAUGGCGAGAAAGGACGUUGGUAUUGACGGGAAGACGGAAAGAGUGGGGGCCGUGCAACGUGCGGGCAAAGAGGUGGAGAACGGGGGAGGAGGAGUGGCGGAAGCGUUGGCAGCGGCGGCGGAAAGGAGGAAGCGGAAGCAGGCGGGCGAAGACUGGGAGGCGGGACGUGGCUGGGCCUGCUCGGUUUGCACGCUUGAAAACAACUCGUUGGCCCUUCAAUGUGGUGCGUGCGGAGCCCUCCGAAGCGCUGCGGCCAGUUCCCCGACUUUGGAUACCUUCUGGCACUGCCAAGCUUGCACGUUGCAGAAUCCCGCCGGCGCAACCACUUGCAGCGCAUGCGGCGCUCAGCGGGACGUAGUUGGCGGAACGGAAGAAGACGCGGACACAGUGAUGCUACCAGCGGAUGGGUUGGACGGCCCAGCUUCGACCAGCAGGAAAGGAAAAGAGAGCGUCACGGAUGGGGGAUCAGUACAAAUGGAUCAAGGGCGAGUGGUCCAAGGUGUGAUUGAUUUAGAAGGCGCCGGGCCCGGAAGUCAGCAGCAGAAGGGAUGGGCGUGCAAGUUUUGCACUUUGAUGAACGAGCCGCGUUCGUCCAAGUGCGCAGCUUGCGAAGAGUGGCGGUACUCCUUUGGAGCACCCCUGACGCAUAGACCAGUUACUGAGACCUGAACGCCAUGUCAUAAGGUUGCCGGUUUAGUGAAGAGAUACGAGACAGGUAACUUGUGUACUUUGAGAAGGCUAUGAGGCUCACAAUCAACGGGCGUUUCUACCUAGUCUGGAUACGAACCAAGUAGGACUGGAACCUGUUUAUACAUACUAACGACUUGCAAACAUUGUAUCACGAUACUCAUACACGCUGUGCAGCCUACGGUCUAAUUUCUAUAUCAACUUGAAAUACAUUCCCGGUC